CUGUGGAUUUAAUUUAUUUGACUGUUGCCUAGCAACAAGGUCAACAAACCAGAAUCAACGGUGAGGACUAGACAUGAAACAGACGCUUGAAUUAAAUGAGCUAUUUUACUGUUGUAAGAAAACGUUAAUUGUCCUUCCAUUCUUGUAAACGUUUUGCACUUUAUAAUUUGGGAAAUGUUCCCUUGGCUGUUCAACAACUUUAAUUGUAAUUGUUAAAGUCCAGCACCUUAAAAACUGAAAAAUAGCGUUAACAAUAACUUAGCUGUUUGAAAUGGAGUGCGACAGUCCUCAAAAACAGAUGCCUGCUCCUCGUAUCUUCGUGGAGAGAACCCUGGCUUUAAUCAAACCUGAUGCCAUCCACAAAACUGAUGAAAUUGAGGAUCUUAUUCUUCAAUCUGGCUUUACAAUUCUUCAGAAAAGAAGACUUCAGCUAAGUCCAGAGCAAUGCAGUGAUUUCUACGCUGAGCAUUAUGGGAAGCUGCAUUUUCCCCAUUUGACUGCCUUCAUGAGCUCUGGACCGGUUGUUGCUCUAGCACUGGCCCGACACCAGGCUAUUGCCACCUGGAAAGCCAUAAUGGGACCAGUCAGCAGCAUAAAAGCUAGAGAGACACAUCCUGACUGUCUGAGAGCGAGAUUUGGCACGUGUGACCUGAGAAACGCUGUGCAUGGCAGUGAAUCCUUCUCUGCUGCGGAGAGGGAGAUCAGGUUCAUGUUUCCCAACUGUGAGUCAAUCCAACCUUGUCCAGAUGAGUUCAGUGAACAGGAUAUGAAAGCGUACUUUUGGUCUUUGUCAUCUGUUUCAGCUGUGAUUGAACCUAUUCCUAUGGGAGAUGCUGCCAAAGAUUACCUGAGCCGGUACGUCAACCCAACACUUCUCACCGGACUGACAGAGCUGAGCAAGAAAAAGCCACUGGACCCUUUUACAUGGCUUGCAGACUGGUUGAUGAAGAAUAACCCCAAUAAGCCCAAGAUAUCUGAUGGAACAGUAGUAGAGGAGGCAGCAGUGUGAUUUAUUUUUUUCUUUCCUCAAGCAAGAAGAAUCGACCAGCAAUAAGUUACUGUAUUGCUCCUUUUUGGACGUCUCAUUUGAACUGUUUUAUAAAAUAAAGUUUGGCAAUUUUGUCUAGCCCUUUUUAUUGUGCUGUCUUAAUGUGUAAGUUCUGAAUUGUCAUGGUUAAUUUAAAUUGUAAGAUACAUUUUCUAAUUUACAGUAUCCUGUCACUGAUUACUUGUAACAGUAGAAACAUUUAGCAUUAUUCCGCAUCAAAUAAAAUUGUAAGAUUAAAAAAAAAAUACCCUUCUGCUGGUGAUAAAUAUUUAAUUCACUAAAAGUUUUGAAAGUGAAGAUUAUCUGAUCUAAUAAUGAAAAUAAUUAAAGACCUAUUGCUAAAGCAGCUGUAACCUCCUUCCUA